UCGUAUUAUCUGGACCGUCUCUGUCCAUCACAUAAAUGCGUCCGUCGAGAUCUGCCCGCUGUCGGUGUAAACACUCAUGACGUGAGCAUGGUCAAAUAACAGCGGACAUAUUCCAGUGUAGCCGGUAUAUGCGAAACAGCGCUUUUUAAAGCUUCGGGAUGCAUUCGCGUGUUUUAUUGAAAGGAACAGCAGCAGCUGUGGCUGCGAGGAGGAUUCGCCAGAUCCUGGGGCCCGUGAUGUGCAGAGAAGGGUGGAACUGCGGCGCACAUGAGGUCAAACUCCUCAACACCUCAUCGGGUGACACUGUGAAGAUCGGCGAGAUCUCGUAUGUGCUCAAAACCCCCAGAAAUCCCGAGCUUGUGCCAGUAAAUCACAUGACGGAGGCUUUGCCACAAAUGGUCACCCAGCACCUUCGCUGGAUAAUGCAGAAGGACCUUCUCGGACAGGACGUGUUUCUCAUUGGUCCUCCUGGACCUCUGCGGCGUUCAGUGGCCAUGCAGUACCUGGAAUUAACAAAGCGAGAAGUGGAAUAUGUUGCCCUGUCCAGAGAUACUACGGAGACUGAUCUCAAACAGCGCAGAGAGAUCCGGUCUGGAACCGCCUUUUACAUAGACCAGUGCGCUGUCCGAGCUGCGACUGAGGGACGGAUUCUGGUGUUGGAGGGGCUGGAGAAGGCCGAGAGGAACGUGUUGCCAGUUCUCAAUAACCUGCUGGAGAAUCGAGAGAUGCAGCUGGAAGAUGGACGCUUUCUCAUGUCAGCACAGCGCUACGACAAACUCCUGGAGGAGCACACUAAAGAGGAGCUGGAUGCGUGGAAGAUUGUUCGGGUGAGUGAGGAUUUUCGGGUCAUUGCUCUCGGCCUGCCUGUUCCCCGAUACAAAGGAAACCCGCUGGAUCCACCUCUCCGCUCCCGCUUCCAGGCCAGAGACGUCUACUACCUUCCCUUCAAGGACCAGCUAGAGCAUCUAUACACAAUUGGACCAAAUGUGCCUCCUGAAAGGGUGUCCCAGCUGUUGUCUUUCGCCACUACACUUUGUUCUCAGGAGUCUGCCAGCUUAAGUCUGCCUGAUUUCCCUGUGGACAAUCUCCCAGCUGCCCUCGCAGUUCUAAACUUGUUCCCCAUGCUGUCAGCGCAGCAGCUGGUGCAGAGGCUUUACCCGUACGAGGUCAUGCUGGGAAAGGAAGGCCGUACGGCAGUAGAGGGGGUGCUCCGUAGGUUUGAGUUAAUUGAUGGGAGCACGAAACCUUCUCCGACUGCAGUGGUGAGCGUUGAGUCUGUGAACGGAGAUCCCGCAGGACAGGCAGCUGUCACCCUCAACAUAACCAACCAGAACAUCACCUUUCAGGUUCCUGCAGGGACGCGGCCAAGUCGCCCACCCAAAAGCAGUCCCGCGUUCAUCAGCACCCCCACCCACGACCGCCUGCUGGCCGAGAUGAUGCGGUCCCACCUCGUCAAAGACAUCUGUCUGAUCGGAGCCAAGGGCUGUGGCAAAUCCGUGAUUGCAAGAGAAUUUGCUGAAAUGCUGGGCUACAGCAUUGAACCAAUUAUGCUUUAUCAGGACAUGACUGCGCGGGACCUCCUCCAGCAGAGGUACACCCUGCCUAAUGGAGACACAGCCUGGAGGGCCUCCCCGCUGGUCACUGCUGCUCAGGAGGGCAAGCUGGUGCUGCUGGACGGCAUCCACCGCGUCAACCUGGGCACUCUGGCUGUGCUUUCCAGGUUGCUGCAUGACCGAGAGCUAGCUCUGUAUGACGGGACUCGACUGCUGAGGUGGGACCGUUACCAGACUCUAAAAGACGAACUAAAGCUCACUCACCAGGAGCUGCAAGACAGAUCCAUCUUCCCAGUCCAUCCGUCAUUCCGGAUCAUCGCUCUAGCGGAGCCGCCUCAGGUUGGGAGCACCUCGCAGCAAUGGCUCGGCCCGGAGAUCCUCACCAUGUUCCUCUUUCACACCAUCAAACCUCUGGCCAAGGCUGAGGAAACUGCUGUUAUCCAGGGCAUGAUCCCAAAUGUCCCCAAAGAAGCAGUGGAGCAGCUGCAACACCUGACUCACAGUCUGAGAAAAUCCAACGAUCCAACGGCCCUGUCCCUUGCUUCUUCAUUGUCCACCAGGCAGCUGCUGAGAAUCUGUCGACGUCUUUCUCAGUAUCCAGAGGAGAGUGUUGCUCAUGCUGUGAACAAAGCCUGUCUGUCCAGGUUUCUGCCCAGCCUGGCUCGCUCAGCUCUUCAGAAGAGUCUGGUGAACUGCUCAAUAGAGGAUCAGCCUGACCCAGCAUCAGAACAGAGCCAUCUCUACACCUGCACAGUAAAAGAUGGACUUCUGACCAUAGGGAACGUCUCUGUGCCUGUGUACAGCCCUGAUGAAAAGAUGAAGGUCCCGGAUGUGCUCUUUUAUGAGAAUGUUCAGCACAUGAUGGUGAUGCAGGACAUGCUGAAAGACUUCCUGUUGGGGGAACACCUGCUUCUUGUGGGGAACCAGGGCGUUGGGAAAAACAAGAUUGUUGAUCGAUUCUUGCAUCUCAUGAACAGACCGAGAGAAUAUCUUCAGCUUCACAGAGACACAACAGUCCAGACUUUAACGCUGCAGCCCUCUGUGAGAGAUGGCAUCAUUGUCUAUGAAGACUCUCCAUUGGUUAAAGCUGUGAAGAUGGGACAUAUCCUGGUAAUAGAUGAAGCUGAUAAGGCUCCCACAAAUGUCACCUGUAUCCUGAAGACACUGGUGGAAAGUGGAGAGAUGAUCCUGGCAGAUGGAAGAAGAAUAGUGUCAGAUCCACUGGAAGCAGCCGGAAGGCCUAAUGCCAUUCCCAUGCACCCAGACUUCCGCAUGAUUGUUUUAGCAAACCGCCCUGGCUUUCCGUUUUUGGGAAAUGACUUCUUCGGAGCACUUGGGGACAUAUUUAGCUGCCAUGCAGUGGACAACCCCAAACCUCAGGCUGAGUUUGCCAUGCUGAAGCAAUAUGGGCCUAAUGUUCCUGAUGCAAUCCUCCAGAAACUGGUGGCUGCAUUCGGAGAGCUCCGGGCCAUGGCUGACCAGGGAACAAUCACCUACCCCUACUCUACACGAGAAGUGGUCAACAUUGUAAAACACCUGCAGAAAUUUCCGGACGAGGGCCUGGCCAACGUGGUGAGGAAUGUGUUUGACUUUGACUCCUAUAACAAGGACAUCCGUGAGGUGCUCGCAGCACUGCACAAGCACGGCAUUCCCAUCGGAGCCAAACCCACCAGCGUGCACCUGGCCAAGGAGUAAGAGCUCAGCUCCUAUUGCCGCUUUACUGUCCCUGAAUGCAGCAUCAUGACCAACUAUCAAGUUCUCUAAUAAACACACUGUGCUGGACUAAUGUAACUACCUGUAGAAGGGCUCUGCUUUGCAUGGUCCUCAAACCGUACACUUGAACAAAUGUAUUUGUUUAAAGGUGAAGUGUGCCAUUUUUGCAGCAAUAGUGACACUAAAUGCAAAGUUCUGUCACGGAACUCUAGAUGGCGCAGGCCGAUUUCUAACUCAGCCUGAUAUAAUUAUAUCAUCAUUCACACGGCACAGCUGAUUAGUUUCUUUUCGCAUCAGCAACCAAUGAGCUUGCUGCUCAAAUGCUCAGAUAGUGCUUACAUUAGCAGUUGCUGCACGCUUCAGAAACCCUCCACCUUCCCCAGCUCCACCUGUAUAGAUCUGCUACAUGUAUGUUAUAAAUGGGGGUUAUUUCAUAUAUUGUACAGCAGAAGUAUUUUCUACAUGCUCACAGUAGCAUGUUUCGGUACUUGCUUUGCCGCAGCAGCAGUGUGGUAGAUGUAUUCCACCAAGAUCAAACAUAUUAACAUUGCCAUAUAUUUUACCAUAAAUUUCCUAAAGUCAUGAAAGAGAUAGAACUGCAAAAUGACAGGUGGCCCUGCCCUAAACUCACACCAUUGGUUGAGCCAGUGUUGUUAUGUCUAGCCCUCAAAUAAACGUCAGUUUGAUUUCGAGGAUCAUGAAAAAUUGCAAACUUCACCUUUAACAGAUGCUUUGAUCUCAUAAGCUGCUUAUUUCAUUUAAGGUGCAAUAGAAGAAACCCUAAACAUGCUUGAAUUCAGACUCAGAAAUAACUGAAACUAAAAAACUUGAUUGCCAGCAUCUGGUUAGAUUUGGGGCAAAUUUCAAUCCGAAGUGAGCACCACUAUACCCUGUUCUUUCGUAAAGAGCAGAGCACUUAAAAAAAAAGUGGGAAAUCUAGAGAGUGGUUGUGUGGUACAGACUUGGCAAAGGGAGCAGUCAAAAACAACAUCAUUUGUCCAAGUGCCCUUUCACUGUUUGGAAUUUGCACUUUAUCUGAUUAUCAAGAGUUAGUCACUAGCAUCAUAUAACAACUAAUAUAUGUCUCAUUCAGUAACGGUCUUUUCAUUUGCUCAGUGUUGUGUAUUAUACCUUUCAAUAAAGGAAAUCAUUUGUUUC